UCUUGGACUAAAAAAUAGUGAAAAUUUUGUAAUGAUGAAAUAUUUGGCGUAAAGUUAGAAUAAUUAAAAAGUGAUAUACAUAUAACUCGUGAAUCGUCAAAUGAUGGGCGAUACACAGAUGAAUAUGAUGAACGAUCAUCAAUCUUAUGACGAUGUUCGAAAUAUCCCUCCGUUACCUUCUAAUCCUAUGAGUAUAUUCGGGAUACCUCAAGUUCCAAUGGGUAUGCAAGGCAUCCCUCCUCCACCAGGAAUGGGUAUGGAAGGUCAUAUGGAUGUUAACAAAGAUAUAAUGAUGUUUAAUAGUGAAGGGAUGCCUGGUGUUAUUAACAUGUUUCCCCCAAUUCCACAACAGAAUCCACUUUGUUCACAACCCCCAAUGGUUCCUCAUACAAUGAACGUUCAACCCACAUCCAUACCCUUGGAGAAUAGUAUUGACCAUUAUAUGGCAGCAGAAAUUGCCUCCAUCAUUCAUACAAUGUCAACAUCACAACUUGUCUAUAUUCUUGCAUCAUUAAAGAAAUUUUCUAAAGCUGCUCCAUCAGAGGCCAGAAGGUUUUUGAUAAACAAUCCACAACUCACUUAUGCUUUGUUACAUUCACAAUUUCUCCUGGAUGAAAUUGAUAAAACAGUUUUGCCAUUGAACAAAAUAGAUACAGAAAUUGCACAAAUAAAUAAGCUAGAACGCACGAGCCACCUAGAAGGAAGCCAAGCCAAUGAUCACUAUUCUGAAGACAUGGCAAUUGAAGAAAACAUAAAUACAACCCCCUCCGUUCCAUCUACCAAUCAAAUACCCCCGACGUCUACUUCAUUAUCGGAGGAAUAUGACCCUUAUCAAUUUAAUGAUCCAGAUGUAAUCGGCUUCAGGCCUAAUGUGCAACCUAUAGUAACCAGUGCUAAGGUUGAAACACCGCCUAGGGGAAACAUUCCAAGCAUUGAGGAUCUGAUGAGUCAAGGAGUACACCCAGCUUCGGCAGUUCUGGUAGAAGAGGUGUUGAAAAACACUGAAAUACUGACGAACAUACAAAGGGCUACACUGGCUGAAAUGGAAUCCUGGCCAAAAGAACAGAAACAACAAGUUUUGGCUAUCAAAGUGGCAUUACACCUAAGAGGGAUCGCAGUAAAUUUAUAAAUUUUUCGCAUUUGGAUUAGUUUGAAC